CAGUUCAUUUGAAUACGACUAGGAGCACCAUAAGGCAAUGUGAAAUUCAUAAAGAGCCGCUUAUCCUAUUAUAGGAUUGAAAGUACGAGAGCUUUAAAAACAAACAAAUCAGGUUUUACAAGAAAUGCUGACAAAACUUGGUCCAUAUUUCGAAAAAAAAAAAUAAUCUUACUACUGUGAAUUAGGUUUUCUCGAUAAGCGAAUUCCCGAUUCACACAACACUGAUCGUUAUUUCUACCCGAUCGUAUACACACUUCCUGGAAUUGCAGUUGCUGUUGUUAUUAUGUCAUUAAAUUAUUUCAUAACAGUAAAAAAUUGAUAGAUUGAAAGAAGAAUGAGCGAUGCAACGAAUGGACCAGAGAGAGAGGAAACUAACGAGCCUAUGAUCUCAAUUGACAAUGCAGACCCGUCAGAGGCCGAUACUGCUGCAGACCUGCUAAAUCACCAGAAAAUUCCUCCGAGGCAGAAUUUCAUAAAGAGUGUCACCAUUGUACAAAUCUUCUCUAGUCUAUCAAUGGUUCUAUCAAUAACUAUCAGUAUUGCAGCCAUAUUGCUCUCGGUUGGUAGCACCACAGAUUACAAUCAGCCGGACGUUAAACAGCUGUACUGUGUACCAUGUGAGACAUUGUUCAACUGUUUGUCCCGUGAACACCCGCAGUUGAGUCAGAUCUCUAGGCACACGGAUGCUAACAAUACUGAGCAGUGCUGUGCCCACAAUAGAACAGAGAUGAAAGCUCUAUCCGAAAUGGUUUUACAUUACAUGUCUUGUUCACGGAGAGAUCCCAACUUCGGAGCUGCUGACUAUAAUCUGAAAUUCGCAACUGACGAGCAUAAUCCUCUGUUAGAACAUAAUCGUUACAUGGAAAUGCUCGAAACUGGACUUAAGAUCACCGAGUCUGGGCUCUACUUGGUCUACUGCAGCGUCCACUUCAAGCCGGACUCAGCGGAGCCUUGCAAAAAUUUCGAAUACAAGACCUGGAGUGUGUUCGUCAAGCGACACCGGCCCUCGAAUGAUGCUCUCUCAGGCCCUAUCCUGACAGCCACACACACCUGUUGUGAUGAAUGUGUGAGAGAACAGGAAACAGUGUACACAGCGGGUGUGUUUAUGAUGCUAAAGCAGGACUUCAUUACAGUGGAUGUGUCUGGAGAAGGGCUGGUCAGCUACAAGCCUCAAUCCACAUAUUUUGGUGCAGCCCUCGUGUGGGCUGAUACGGACACUGACUCGAAUCUGUUGGACCGUUGGUGCACCAUGCAAGAUUUGUUAACCGCUUUCCUCCAUGAUUUCUCUAUGAUCAGAACGAGAGAUUAAUGUCCAGAAGUUUUUGUUUGUUUAUCACAGUGUUGAUUUUGUUGAAUGUAAAGAAUUAUAACGCAGCACGGAGUGUGACUUAGAACCCUCCGAUGUCAACUUGUCAUGAAAGGUACACUGAGAAUAUAGUUCUGGAUAA